AUCACUCUCAGGGUGAAGGUUGCUUGGUCAAAGUGGGAGAAGGAAUCGAGAGUUUAACGUAUUCAAUUGAUAUCUCGUCCAGACAAGAAAGCUUUCCGAAUCAACAGAUCAAAAUGCUGCCGCGUGUGAACCGCUCCGUUGUGCCUGCUCUGCGCUCCGCCAUCCGCCACCGACUGCUAAGGUCGGCCCCGUACGCCGCCGCUAAUAAUGGACAAGUGCGCAGUAUUUCUGGUCCUCCGUUCCGCCGGGACGAUCCGUUCGUGCAGAUGGAGGCGUUCAUGCGGGACAUGGACCGCAAGCUGCGGCGCACCAUCGACUCCGCAUUCGGCAGCUUCGGGCAGCUACCCGAGUGGCGGGAAGGUCUGCUGCCUCGUGCCGCUGUGUCGAGGACGGCUCAGGUGGGCGAGGCUCUGGACGUCUCCUCCAGCGACACCUUCAAGCUCGUCUUCAACUGCUAUCAAGUCAAGCCCGAGGACAUCAAAGUCACACUCAAAGAUAACCUCUUGACGGUGUCGAUGAAGGCGUGCAGCGAGAGCGAGGGCCGCUCCGUGACGCAGCACACUGAGCACCAGCAGACGCUGCCUCCCGGCGUCGAUGCCUCCAAGCUCGAGUCUUCGUUGUCAGCUGACGGGCAGCUCUCCGUGUACGCCCCCAGGGAGCCGCCUGAGGGCCCCCAGCUGAUCAAAGUUCAGCGCGAGUAGACGGUUCAAUGACUUCAUUCUCCCGUAGGCUUCUUCUUCGCAUGCAGCGUCGUUUAUGUUUAGCUAUAGUGAGCGGAAUUUAGUGAUGAAAAAUUUUCCUAUUGUAAUUCUGACCCAAUUCCGUCGAAGAGAAUUUUUGAAUGAGCAGAUCAGGAGUUGGAUCGAGCGUAGUAAUUCCAGCAUGCAGAUGCAAUAUCGUCAUAUUUUCAGUUAAUAAUCAAUGAGAUCGCAAGAAGGUUUUUUGUAUUCGUUUUUUUAAAGAAUACUUUGCAAUCAAAUCAAUGCAGCCUAGUUCUUUUUAAUAUACUUGUUCCAUUCUAUUGAAUAAUGGUCGCUUUGUACCAUCAUUACGUUUUCUAUUAUCAGUGGUACGCAAUCAGGGCUUGUUGGAUAAAUUAAUUGUCGAAUAAGACACCCCUUUUCAACUUUUACGUUGGCGUUUGCUGUUGACGCGAUGCUUGAAGUUAUGGAAACAGUUUACGAUGUUGCCGAACACGGGGCCAAGAUACCUGCUCACUGGUGUUAUGGCGACACAAGUUGGCACUAACGCUCAGUUCUUAAAUUGGUCGUCCAUGAUCAGUGUAUUUAUUCGCGAACAAACUGAAAUUUGAAGUGAAAUGAUUCCUUAAAUUGAGUUGCGUUCUCGGAUGACGA